AGGGGCCUCACCAUGGUGGAUGCCUCACCCUGAACGAUGCCCCCCCAGCCGGGAACCCCGACCACCCCCGCAGGGGGGUGGCGGCAGCAACCUCCGCCGUGGCGACCCCAGCCUCUUCCCCCACCUCAGCGCCCAGCCAAGGGAUCCGAGGCGGCCGGGUGGGAAGGGAGAAAGAAGAGGGCUGCAAACGCUGACUGGAGAGCCGCCUCUCUGGCCACUGGGGUGGAGCGCGGCGGGGUCCGGCCAGGAAGGAGCAGGCGGGCGGAGAACCCGGGAGCAGAGGCGGCGCUUCCCUCAGGGAUGCGGCGAGGAGGAAGCAGAGCGGCGCUCGGUGGGGGCCGGCGGGGGGGGUGCCGAGCCCAGGCUCAGGGCAGCGGCGGCGCGAUCCUGCCGGAGCCCACCCCACCAUCUCCCGCCUCGCCGCCGGCUGCCUGCUCAACCCCCAGCGGCGCCUGGACCUGAGAAUGAAGGUUGCUGCUCGUGCCACAGUGAGGAGAACACUUCUUGAGGAAGAAGAAAAUGGGAGGAACUCCCAAAAAAGCCAGCUCUCGUCUUUGGCCAUCUGUCUCCAGGAAGCUUCACGAUUGCUGUUCUGGGAAUGAGUGUGUGCACUAGCCUGUUAACAGUAUUUUGCACAUAGUAGGUGAUUAAUAAAUGUUUAAUGAAUCAACGAAGGAGCUAAACCAGGGAGUGUGCCCAAAAAGUCAUUCUGUUGAUGUCUGAGGUUUCUUUAUGUAACUUCUUGCUUCAGUAGCAGCAUUGUCCUUACUUAGAGCAGGAAGGGGCAAUGUUGGUGACGGAAAACAGUGAGGGGUCUGUGAUAGUCAGGCCUGACAUCUAAACCUAUGUUUUUGAACUUGUUCUUGUGCAGAACCUGUAAGUGGGAGUGUUGGUACUGGCUUUUUCUCCUUGCAGUACUGCUAACCACUUUGGUUGCUCAGGUUUGAAUCAAGUCCCAUCAGUUAGAAUCUGUGUUCUUAGGCAAAUUACUGAAACUCUGUGCCUGCAUAAAAUGGGAAUAAUAGUACCCACCUCCCGGAGCUGUUGUACUGAUUAAUGAGAUAAUAAUAUGCAUACAGUACUUAGAUUAAGA